UGCACAAUUAGGUGAUCUGACUCCGCGGAAAGUGCCUUCCAUUCCCUGUUUUGAAAGGUCUUCGUGGUCUUUGGCUUGUUUUCUUGUUCACACGCGCUCUAAAUUAGCUGCUUCUCACUUCUGUCUCAAUCUUUCCUGUUUUUCUUAUACAGUGCUAUCUCUAUCCAUUCAUCUCCCUUCACGCGGGCCCGAACUUCUUCACCCGAUUGAUCUUCCGGGUGCCCACGGGCUUUCCCUUCCUCAUCCUGAGUUCAUAAUAUUCUCUCUUCUUAUUUCUUUCACUUCACGUAAUAAUACCUUUCCAAAAUUCUCAAUCCUCAAUCGCCCUAGACUUCUUCCCUUUCUUUCAUAUUCUUCAACUCCCUCUUUGUGUGGGUAUCUCUGUGUGUGUGUGUGUAUAUAUCUCAUCCGCUCUCCAUUUUCUCUUCUGGGUCUUGCCUUCCUUUUCCAUUCGAUUCAUUUUUCGUGCUCAACCUCUCUCCCUCUUGUUUUCUGGGAGCAUCAACCUCGACCUCGACCCCAUUUGAUAGGCACGAUCGCAUGAGUGCUUGAGGGCCCGCCAUCGGAGUGUUGAAUUGGGGAUUUAGGUAUAUGAGUGCUUAGAAAAUGAGCUGUUUCUUCUUCAGAAAGAAAUGUAAUCGGAGGAGAGAAUCAAAAUCGGCCCCGGAUUUGCAAAAUGAGAGGCAGAGUAACAACCCGGCGGUGAACCGGGUAUCCAAGUCGACGAGUUCGAUACCGUCGCCGAGGAGCUUGACUGAGCUGUACAAAGAGAAAGCCAAAGAGAACAAUUUCAGAGUUUUUAGUUGGCAAGAGCUGCUAGAAGCAACGAAUGGCUUCAAUAAGAUGCUCAAGAUUGGUGAAGGUGGCUUUGGGAGCGUGUAUAAAGGUACGAUUAGGCCUCCCGGUGGACGAGGCGAUCCAGUCGUCGUAGCCAUAAAAAAGCUCAACAAGCAUGGCUUUCAGGGUCACAAAGAAUGGCUUGCUGAAGUUCAAUUUCUUGGCGUUGUAAAUCAUCCAAAUCUGGUAAAACUUCUGGGAUACUGCUCAGUUGAUGGAGAAAGAGGGAUCCAACGGUUGUUGGUGUAUGAGUAUAUGGCAAAUAAAAGCCUAGAACAUCAUCUUUUUAAUCCUUCUCGUCCUACCUUGCCUUGGAAAACAAGACUGCAGAUCAUGAUCGGUGCCGCAGAAGGAUUGGCUUAUUUGCAUGAAGGAUUGGAAUUUCAGGUGAUAUACCGAGAUUUCAAAACUUCAAAUGUUCUAUUGGAUGAGGAUUUCCGCCCAAAGCUCUCAGACUUUGGUCUUGCAAGGGAAGGCCCCCAAGGCGAUAAUACUCAUGUCUCUACAGCGGUGGUUGGAACUCAAGGAUACGCUGCUCCGGAGUAUGUAGAAACGGGGCAUCUCAAAGUUGAAUGUGACAUUUACAGUUUUGGAGUGGUACUGUAUGAGAUCAUCACAGGGAGGCGAGCAUUAGACAGAAACCGUCCAGCUGCAGAACAAAAACUUCUAAUUUGGGUUAAACAAUAUCCUGCUGACACUGGCAGAUUCAGCAUGAUCAUCGACCCGCGUCUCAGAAACAAUUUUUCUCCUGGCGCGGUUCGCAAAGUUGCCAAGUUGGCUGAUGCCUGUACAAGUAAGAAUCCUCAAGACAGGCCAACCAUGUCUCAGAUAGUUGCAAGCUUGAAGGAAGCGUUGCAGGUUUCAGAAAGCUCUGAUGCUUCUCAGACAGCGGCUGCCGGGUCAUCUCGAUCUUCUUUGGCUCGAAGAGGUAAAUAACUUAAUGGAUUUUGGAGGAUCAAAGAGUGGAUUUGUCUUGAGUAAAGCAUGCCUGGCAAUGUGGAACAGAUCAUCUAUGCAUCACCCGAGAUUGAUUAAUCAUUAUCAAGCAUAGAAGGUCAGAGAUAUUGUAGAUUUCCUUAUUCUGCGGGGCUGGAGUUUUGAGCUUUUGGUUGAUUUGACUCCGUACAAAAAAAAGGCCUGGUCCUGCCCCUACUUUAUAAAUCAUUGGUUUCCAAUACUUUUUUGUUUUUUUGUUCAGUUAAUCAGUAUUAGAGGAUUGAGAAUUUUAGAUGAAGAUGAGGCUAUAUAGCUUAUGUCACAACUUGAGUGAGUCUUUGCUUCCACUGGCUUUCCUUGAUGUAAUUCAUUUAUGAUUUGUUGUGGAUUGA